AUGUUCACAGAUCAACAAAAAAUUGGAGCAAUGCUCUCAGCCAUUGGUUUAUUCUUUGGAUUUUUAGGGGUUUUAUUAUUUUUAGAUAGAGGUUUAUUAGCUUUAGGCAACAUUUUACUUGUUUCAGGUAUAUUUUUAAUUUUAGGUUUUAAUAAAACAUUAAACUUCUUUGGUCAAAGAAAAAAGAUUAGAGGUACCAUUUUAUUCUUUUUAGGUAUUAUUGUAUUAUUAGCAACUAGAUGGACAUUUGUCGGAAUGCUUGUUGAACUCUUUGGUUUUGUUAAUUUAUUUGGUGACGCAUUCCCAAUUAUUAUUUCAAUUUUAAGAAAAUUACCAAUCAUUGGUAAUAUCCUUAACCACCCAAUCGUUAAUAAAGUACUUCAAAAAGCAGAUUCUGGUAACGAAUUACCAUUUUAA